CUUCCCCCCCGCCCUGUCUUCCCCUGCACCCUCCUUCCUCCCUCCGCCCGAGAGCUUCCCCGGUCCCCGGCGCCGCCUCCUUCCCUCCCGGCACCGUGCUCUCGCGGCCGCUGUCGCCCCGGGGAAGGAGAGACGGGGGUGGGGUUUGCGGUAGCGAUCGAGAAGGGGAGAGACCCCGGCCGGGCUAGAGCCUGGAUUCCUGUGGAAGGAGAACAGAGGGAGGGGAAGCUGGAGGACCGGGAGGGAGAACGGGGACCCGCGGCCGGGCCUGGGCCCAUGAGGCCCGGGGAGAGCCGCGGAGCGGGACCGGCCGCCGAGAUGCUGCUGCUGCUGCUGGUGCCUCUCUUCCUCCGCCCCCUGGGCGCUGGCGGGGCGCAGACCCCCAACGUCACCUCGGAAGGUUGCCAGAUUAUACAUCCGCCCUGGGAAGGUGGCAUCAGGUACCGUGGCUUGACUCGCGACCAGGUGAAGGCCAUCAACUUCCUGCCUGUGGACUAUGAGAUUGAAUAUGUGUGCCGAGGGGAGCGCGAGGUGGUGGGGCCCAAGGUGCGCAAGUGCCUGGCCAACGGCUCCUGGACGGAUAUGGACACACCCAGCCGCUGUGUCCGAAUCUGCUCCAAGUCUUAUUUGACCCUGGAAAAUGGGAAGGUUUUCCUGACGGGUGGGGACCUCCCAGCUCUGGAUGGAGCCCGGGUGGAUUUCCGAUGUGACCCCGACUUCCAUCUGGUGGGCAGCUCCCGGAGCAUCUGUAGUCAGGGCCAGUGGAGCACCCCCAAGCCCCACUGCCAGGUGAAUCGAACGCCACACUCAGAACGGCGUGCAGUAUACAUCGGGGCGCUGUUUCCCAUGAGCGGGGGCUGGCCGGGGGGCCAGGCCUGCCAGCCCGCGGUGGAGAUGGCGCUGGAGGACGUUAACAGCCGCAGAGACAUCCUGCCGGACUACGAGCUCAAGCUUAUCCACCACGACAGCAAGUGUGACCCAGGGCAAGCCACCAAGUACUUGUACGAACUACUCUACAAUGACCCCAUCAAGAUCAUCCUCAUGCCCGGCUGCAGUUCUGUCUCCACACUUGUUGCUGAGGCUGCCCGGAUGUGGAACCUUAUUGUGCUCUCAUAUGGCUCCAGCUCACCAGCCCUGUCAAACCGACAGCGGUUUCCAACAUUCUUCCGGACACAUCCAUCGGCUACACUCCACAAUCCCACUCGGGUGAAACUCUUCGAAAAGUGGGGCUGGAAAAAGAUUGCCACCAUCCAGCAGACCACGGAGGUCUUCACCUCAACACUGGAUGACCUGGAGGAGCGAGUGAAAGAGGCCGGGAUCGAGAUUACUUUCCGACAGAGUUUCUUCUCAGAUCCAGCGGUGCCCGUUAAAAACCUGAAGCGUCAAGAUGCUCGAAUCAUCGUGGGACUUUUCUAUGAGACCGAAGCCCGGAAAGUUUUUUGUGAGGUCUAUAAGGAACGGCUCUUUGGGAAGAAGUACGUCUGGUUCCUCAUCGGAUGGUAUGCUGACAACUGGUUCAAGACCUAUGACCCGUCAAUCAAUUGUACGGUGGAAGAGAUGACUGAGGCGGUGGAGGGUCACAUCACUACUGAGAUUGUUAUGCUGAACCCUGCCAACACCCGAAGCAUUUCCAACAUGACAUCACAGGAAUUUGUGGAGAAGCUAACCAAGCGGCUGAAAAGACACCCUGAGGAGACUGGAGGCUUCCAAGAGGCACCACUGGCCUAUGAUGCUAUCUGGGCCUUGGCUUUGGCCUUGAACAAGACCUCUGGAGGAGGUGGCCGUUCUGGCGUGCGGCUGGAGGACUUCAACUACAACAACCAGACCAUUACAGACCAAAUCUACCGGGCCAUGAACUCCUCCUCCUUUGAGGGUGUUUCUGGCCAUGUGGUCUUUGAUGCCAGCGGCUCCCGGAUGGCAUGGACUCUUAUCGAGCAGCUACAGGGCGGCAGCUACAAGAAAAUCGGCUACUACGACAGCACCAAGGAUGAUCUUUCCUGGUCCAAAACAGAUAAGUGGAUCGGAGGGGCUCCCCCAGCUGACCAGACCUUGGUUAUCAAGACAUUCCGUUUCCUGUCACAGAAACUCUUUAUCUCCGUCUCAGUUCUCUCCAGCCUGGGCAUUGUCCUUGCUGUUGUCUGUCUGUCCUUUAACAUCUACAACUCCCACGUUCGUUAUAUCCAGAACUCCCAGCCCAACCUGAACAAUCUGACUGCUGUGGGCUGUUCACUGGCACUAGCUGCUGUCUUCCCCCUUGGACUGGAUGGUUACCACAUAGGGAGAGGCCAGUUCCCAUUUGUCUGUCAGGCCCGCCUUUGGCUCUUGGGCUUAGGUUUUAGUCUGGGCUAUGGCUCUAUGUUUACCAAGAUCUGGUGGGUCCACACAGUCUUCACAAAGAAGGAGGAGAAGAAGGAAUGGAGAAAGACCCUAGAGCCCUGGAAACUGUAUGCCACUGUCGGCCUGCUGGUGGGCAUGGACGUCCUGACUCUUGCCAUCUGGCAGAUUGUGGAUCCCUUGCACCGAACCAUUGAGACUUUUGCCAAGGAAGAACCAAAGGAAGACAUUGAUGUCUCCAUUCUGCCCCAGCUGGAGCACUGCAGUUCCAAGAAGAUGAAUACAUGGCUUGGCAUUUUCUAUGGUUACAAGGGGCUGCUGCUGCUGCUGGGAAUCUUUCUUGCUUAUGAGACCAAAAGUGUGUCCACUGAAAAGAUCAAUGACCACAGGGCUGUGGGCAUGGCUAUCUACAAUGUUGCGGUCCUGUGUCUCAUCACCGCUCCCGUGACCAUGAUCCUUUCCAGUCAGCAGGAUGCAGCCUUCGCCUUUGCCUCUCUGGCCAUUGUGUUCUCUUCCUACAUUACUCUGGUUGUCCUCUUUGUGCCCAAGAUGCGCAGGUUGAUCACCCGAGGGGAAUGGCAGUCUGAAGCCCAGGACACCAUGAAAACAGGAUCAUCCACCAACAACAACGAGGAAGAGAAGUCCCGACUGUUAGAGAAAGAAAACCGUGAAUUGGAAAAGAUCAUCGCCGAGAAAGAGGAGCGUGUCUCUGAGCUGCGCCAUCAGCUCCAGUCUCGGCAGCAGCUCCGCUCACGGCGCCACCCCCCAACACCCCCAGACCCCUCUGGGGGCCUUCCCAGGGGACCCUCAGAGCCCCCUGACCGUCUUAGCUGUGAUGGGAGUCGAGUGCAUUUGCUUUACAAGUGAGGGGGUAUCCAGAAGGAUAAGGCCAGUAGGGGAGGGAAGGGUAUGGGAAGAGGGUGGGGGACUGGGAGGAGGGUAAGGACUUCUAUCUCCAACCUGGAGAACACGCUCCAAUCCCCCUCUUAUAAAUACAUGUCUGUGUAUCUGUGGUUGUUUGGGUCUCCAGUGUUCUGGGGAACAGACUGUUUUCUUUCUUUCCAUAUAAUUUUAUAUCACUACUUCACAGUUUUGUUUGAACCCUGCUUGGAGCUAUUCACUCAUGACUCCAGAGGGGUAUUUUUUCUCCCAUAGCCUGCCUGUCUUGUAUAGUUACCACAGCAACUCCUGCCGUUUCAGCAGCAGGGGGUCUUCCUACAUUAGCAGGGCCUUCUCUCUUCAUUUCUCAGUAUCAGAAUCUCUUUUCAUCAUUCUCUCCUUCUACACAUCCCCAUGUCUUCCUCUCCUUAAACAUUGCUUCUUCCAGAGGACUCAUUCUACACACACACACACACACACACACACACACACACACACACACACUCCACAUCCUCCCCUCUCCUAGGCAGCUGGGUGUGGCUCCUGUGCAAGUGUGUUCUUUUCUGAGUGCUUCUUCAUGCUGUCAUCACUUGUACUGUCUGUAUUCGCUGCACCUGUGACUGCACAGUGGCUGUGGGUGUGUGCUGUGGUGUGCUUGGGUAGGUGUGUGUGAUGUGUUGAACACACUACGCUGUCUUCCUCAUGUGCACAUGUCAUGUCUGUCUAUGUUUUGCUUGUGUGCCUCCGUGCAUUGUGUAUUUUUUUUUUUCUUUGCAUCUUAAUAUCAUGUGGUGUGUGUUGCCCUGACUGGCAUCAUGGCAGGCUUCCUGUCUCAGCCUUCUGAGUGUUGGGAUUACAGUUGUCUGCCUAGCUGAUAUCCUGUCUUCUUCCAGUAGAGCCAUGUGCACCCAACAUGCACGUAGUUAAUCAGGUUCUUCCCAGUACAUGUUUUCUGAGUCAUCCCUACCCUCUCCUUGGCGUUAGGUUUACCCACAAGUGUUCACUCUAUUUUUUGUUCUCAUGUGUACCACCUUUGCUCUGUACAAUCAUCUCUCAGAACUACCGAAUCUUUGUUUCCUUUUCUUUAUUAUCAUUAUUAUUAUUUUUCAGAACUAAGGGAAAAAGAAAUGGGGACAGGUUGGAGGCUGUUUCCAGUGGAUAGUGGGUGCACAUCCUGACCAAACAAAGGCACGAACAGAUGGACUGAUGGGGCGGGAGGCAGUGUCCCUUUCACACUGUGGUGUCUCUUGGGGGAAGGAUCUCCCUGAAUCUCAAUAAAGCAGUGAACAGUGUGACUCAGCACUUCA